ACAAGUCCUUGGACCACGCACCUCCUCGUCGUCAUGGAGACCGCGGCCCUGCUCAGAGUCCUGCUGCUGCUGCUGGGAGGGAUGGGGGUCCUGGAGGGGACCGCCCAGAAGACCAGAGUGACGGUCCGGAUCAACGCCACAGGAGACACCAUCGUGCUUCGGUUCCUCUGCACGAGUCCUGAGGUGAAGCUGCAGGGCUUCAUCCUGGGCUACGGGAGCAGCGUCUUCUCAAAGCAGUUCAUCCAGCUGCCGGAGGACGGAGAAGCUUACGAGACAGAGCUGGAUGCUGAACCCAAAUAUCUGGUAGCUGUUCAGCCGAUUCCAGCCAACGACAUGAAGAAGCACUGCACAGGUACGGUGGACCUGGAGAAGCCGCUCCACCUGGCGAUCCGCUCCGUCAGUCUGUCGGCCGUCUUGUUGUCGUGGGAAAACUUCUUGAAGACGCCGUAUGAGAGGAACCAGUGUGUGGAGGAGGGGUUCUACAGCAUCCGGUUCAGGGAGAGGAACAGGAAGUGGAUCUACCAGAGCUGCCCCACCAGUGACACGGUGGUAGACAACCUGAAACCCAACACAUCGUACCAGUUCAGUGUGCGGCCCAACAAAGGACAGCACCGUGGUACGUGGAGCAGACCUGUGGUCCACAACACCAGCAUGGGAGAUAAAAGCAUCCAGAAGUCGUACAAGCAGCGUAAUCCCCUGAAACCUCAUGCUUUGUUCCCCCCUCGACCCGACCAGGUGAAGAGCUUCAAGCAGACUGACAAGCUGCCCAUCUUGAAACCCAAAGCCACCACCAAGCCGACAUCCCCCGCUACUCGACAGGAGACCUGGGAGGACUCGGCCCUCUUCAGGUCUCAGCCCGCCUCCAACCUGGACACCUUGGGCAAGAAGCGCUACGUGGCACCUCACGUCGUUUACCAGACGGGGAAGAGGCCGGACGAGCCCUGCUCCAUCAGCUCCUCCCUCAACUUCUUCCCUGUGGACGGAGCAGAAGAAGCCAACGUGACGGCUCCGCCCACGUCUCCACCGUCCAACCUCACCGUGGUGACCGUUGAGGGGUGCCCCUCCUUUGUCAUCCUGGACUGGGUGAAGACGGACAACCACACUACAGAGUACGAAGUCAUCUCCACUGCUAAAGGACCUGAUGGAGAGCAGGUCUCCAUCAUGACCACGAACCAGACCCACACCACGGUGGAGAACCUCCGACCCCAGAGCAGUUAUGAGUUCAAGGUGCAGCCAAAGAACCAGCUGGGUGCAGGUCCCCCCAGUGACCCCGUGACCUUUGACACAGAGUCAGCGGACCCUCGAGUGAGCGAGAAGGUCUCCGGCAAAGACGCAAUCUGGACUCGGUUCCCCUUCAAGACGGACUCUCCCUCCGAUUGUCACGGGAAGCAGUACGUGAAGAGAACCUGGUACCGGAAGUAUGUGGGGGUCCAGCUGUGCAACUCGCUCCGGUAUAAGAUCUACCUGAGCGACUCCCUCAGCGGUAAGUUCCUUGACAUCGGAGAUCAAACUGGGUUCGGCGAGGAUCACUGUCAGUUUGUGGAUUCGUUUCUGGAUGGAAGAACGGGUCGGCAGCUCAAAGCACACCAGCUCCCACCCAGACCUGGUUUCUACAGAGCCAUGCGUCAGGAGCCGGUCCACUUUGGACAGAUAGGAGGACCCUCCCAGGUGAACUACGUCUCGUGGUACGAGUGUGGGGUCCCCAUCCCCGGGAAAUGGUGAGCAGAUCCACCUCCACCCCAGAAAAGGAACCCAUGUCCGAACCGGGUCAGAACAGCCAGAGGAACUAAAAAAAACAUUUACAACUCUUACCCACCAGAGAGCUUUGUUAAAUACAAGUAAUGUGUACUACAUUUUAUUUUGUGUAAAUCAGGGGAAGCCUGGAAAACUAUUUUUAUAACUUAUUUAUCACUUAGAAAUCUACACGAGGUGAUUCUUUUGUUCCUGUGGAUGUUUUCUUUAUUCUCACCUCUCGUCAGUUUUAAGGAUAAAAGUAAAACUGUAGAUUCUGAGACUAAAGCCGGGUUCACGUUAUCUUCAGCAGGAGCUAAUCCUUACACUUUGAUAAUAAUCAUUUAAAUACAUUAAACAAUUCUGUAAAUGAGCUUCAUCAGAUGUCUUCACCCACUAUUUGCACAACAAAAAUGUAGUUAUGUAUAUUAUGUUUUAAAAUAAUUACUUUAAGAAAAAGGAUGUCUUUAAAAAGUGUUUUAAGUGCAGUGACCAAUGUACUAAUGUACUACUUUAGUUAGUAAUGUACCACGGGUUCUCCCAAAAUAUACCAAGAGGUAAAAGGUAUCGGUAGAACACGUGACAGGUCACACGACAGGUCACAUGACAGGUCACAUGACACGAGAUACAGCAGCAUCAACGUAAAAGAACGCUAACGCAGGUGGUUAUUACAGUAGCUAACAUGAGUAGUUAAUAACCUGUUGUUGAGUGUUGAAGCAAACUAUAAACCAUGAACACAACAAAUCGAUUAUUAAAAGGGUUUAAUGUCAUUAUCAGUUUUAUCGAUUGGUUGUUUACCCUCACGAGGCCUUUCUUCUUCAGUGGUGGUAAAAUGUUCUUUAAAAGCAUCCGAUAAAGCUAAUGGUGUAAAAUGUCGACUUCCUUUUACCCACCAGAUCUGCUUUAUAAGAGAAGUCAGAUGUUUCCAUAGUGAAGUUAAGCUAAAGCAGUAACGCUUUAUUUUGGAAGAUUUUUGCUUCCUCUACACGAAGCAGAUGAUUAGAACACUUUGGUAUUAAACUUGAUGUUUUGAUUUGUUAAAAAAUAAAAUCUUUAUUUUGGGUUUCUUA